CCCACAACCCUGGCGUUGCAAGCGCUAUGCUCUACCAAGUGAGCUACAGGGGACUUGAUGAGGAAAUGUGCUAUUUUACUCAGUUUACUGCUAUUUUUGAAUAUGUCCCACACACACGCAGCCUCAUUGAUUAGCAUGUCACUUUUUCAAUGUGAUAUUGGCGGUCCGGGACGUUGCUGGGCAACCCAACAUUUUCAAAAGCAAAACUAUAACGUUAAGGUGUUUACCUCAACUUCCAUUUUUGGAUAGUUUGCGACGUUGUAGAUUACACGUUUUCUGAGGCUUGCUAGUUAACUUUACAUAUUAUCACUGGUAAAUGCAACACUGUAAUAGGGUGUCUUUAUUUGUUUUAUUUUGAAUUCGCCUUGAUUUCCUGCAGGUGUGCCUAAUUUAUACAGAAAAACAAUUAGCUGCAUUCCACCUCAUGAUGAGCCAUCUACAUGGCAGAGCCUUAACAGACAAGCAGAAUGUCCUGCAUGUUUUUAGCAAGCACUUAAAGUCUACAGAUAAAACCUGUAGCCCAACCAACAGAUUCACUCCACACUGCUGCUCUUCAAGUCAUACCAAGAACACAGAAGCACAAAACAGCCAGACGAACAAGACCAAACGACUGAAAACACGCAAGGAGAGGAGCCAGGUAAACAGAGGAGGAUCUAAAUGCAGAUCCCACCACCACAACCAGCACCAAAGCGGCAAAGAAAAGGACCACUGUCAUGGUUGCUGCCAAAGCAGCUCUCGCCCUCCUCCACGGAGAGAUGCCCCAUUCGCCCGAGUCUUCCCCGCUGGGCAAGAGCACAGCAUCAUCACAAUCAACCGCCUUAUCGGCCACCAUGGCCUGUUCAAUCACGAGGUGAAGUCCAUUGACAUUGAGCGCCUGCUGAGUGAACAGAAGAAGUUGGAGAAGUUUGGGCAGCACGGAGGGCGAGGCAAGACCACUGCUACUCUUCCUCCCCUUCCACCCUCCUCUUCCCUUCCUUUUUCCUCUCCUGUGCCUGAUUCAGAUGUGGCUGAAGUUGCUGUUUCUAACAAUGAUGAGGAGGCUCCAGAUAAAGGGAGAGUAGAAAGAGUAGUAGCAAAGAGUAGUACUACAGUCCACAAGCGUGAUGAGUGUAAGUCUAAUUCAGAAAGUAGACUUUUUAAGUGUUCUCACAGGGAUACACAGGAGGAUUUACGAAGAAAAUUCACAUCUAUUCAGGUUUGUCAGGAGGAGAAUGUAGCCAGUCACUCUAACAGCCAGGAGUCUGGUAUCACACCAGAACAGAGACAGACACAUCACAGCGGUCUGACAUCAUCAGAGGGUGACGUAGUUACCCUCUCAUCCACAGAGAGUCCCUCAAGUGUGGUACGAACCAAAAGCAAGUGGCCGAGGCCUGUAGUAUGUGAAACAGUGAUGUCACCCAGUGGAAAGAAUGAAAAUGAGAGACCACCUUACACAAGGGCCAAGGUUAAGCCUACUGUCCUCACCUUGGAGCAGACCCCCAAAAACCAUGAACCUAUUCUCCCACACACACAGCCAUUCAGGCCCAGUCCAAACAUCACAGUGUCUUCCUUCCCAGCAAGAGGUGGAAGCAGUGAGAGCUCAGACAACCAGACGCAACAAACUGUCCCCAACCCUGUCAGUGUGGUAGCCGCGCGUCUGUGCAGGUCUCUGCAGCUGCCGCUUCUCCGCAGGAGACACCUGGUGGCGGAAAGCAGGGAGGUGCUGCUGCAGGCCCUACAGGAGAGGCAUGGACCCCAGCUGCAGGAGAACCUCCUCAGCGUGCAGCGACGUCUCUGCUUCGGUACAGGACCCACCACAACCAGGGCUGGCCAGGGGCAGAGCACGAUCCUGGCCGGCGUGGAUGCAGAUGGAGGCUGUCCUGCAGCUCCAUUGGAUGAUGGUUUUGGAGAGAGCAUGGUGGAGCAGCCGUGCCUGGACUCCCAGAGGUCAGCCCCCAACAAGAGGAGGAGGAAGCAGCUAUGCCCCAACAGAGUGACCCCUCCUCAGCCCCUCAGUGGGCCGCAGCACAGCCUGGACACGGCUGCUGCAUGGAACCCCAACCCUAGUGUGGAGCAGGUUGGGGAACUGAUCGGGGAGCUACUGAGGCCCCCUUCCUCCUCGCACUUCCUCAUGAACCUCCAGCCCUCUGGUUCCCCCUCAUGCCACCACAUCUUUUCCCCCCCUCCUGCCUCACCUUGGGCAGCUCAAUCCGGUCUGCUUCAGCCCUGGGAUGACGGAUCUGACAGAGGAAGUACGAGAGAGUCAACCAGGGUGGACCACUUUGAGAACUGGAGGUAUGACCCAGAUUUUAGUUAUCUAAACCAGACAGACACUGUGAGAGAGAGAAGCCGUGGGCCUUUCUAUCAUGAGAAGAGUAGGCCGCAGUAUCCCACAGGGCCACUAGAGGGACACAGAGACAGACACUUGCCACAGCAGCAAGAUCCAUACAACAUUGAAAGGCGCCAUUUUGGUGGUGCUUCCUCAUCCUUUUCUGCUCCCACCCACUAUCCACUAGACAGUCAUCAGCUCCACCCUUUCUAUCACUUUAACCGCCCCCCAGCCAGCCCUGGAAUCCCCAGGUCCCACCUUCCUGACAUGGCCUAUUAUCCCCCCUCCCACAUGCUGGAGAGUAGCCUGUCUCCUCCUCUGCCCCCCGGGUCCCUGCCUGCUUUCCCCAGCCCUGAACGCUGGUCUUUCCCCCGGAUGAGACUGUACUGAUCCACAUCCACUGUGCCUGUCCAGAGACUGCAUAGAGAUGCCUCUGUGUAGUAGAGACAUGCAUAAGCACAAAGCUUAGGCUAUAUGCUAUGUUGUUGAGUGAGUAUUUUCCAAAUGCAUACCAUAAUUGUUUACAAUUACAACUGACUUGAUGUUUUUUUUCUUCUUUGUUGAAUACCGUCAUAUGAUAGGCAGAAAGACAAAGUGCCAGCCAGAAAAUAUUGUUUGUAUUUUAUCAAAUAUUAGUUAAAUGUAUGAGAAAACAUGACUAUUUUUUAAAAAAUAUUUUAUUUCAUAUGUUUCACAUACUCUAAAACUACUUACAGCCUGGACAGUAAAAACACAAGUAUGCCGUGGAAAAGUAACAACUGUAGCAGAUUGUAUUUUUUAAUUGCAUGAAUACUUCUAAUUGAAACGUGUGCAUGCAAAAACAUACAGAAGCACUGUAAGAGAAAAUACAUUGCAGAACUUAUGCAGUAUGUUGUUUACAGUGGACUAGUCAACUAUGGCAGCACAAAAUAUCUACAAAUGUGGCCCUUGUUUUUUUGGGGCCACUGGGCCUACACAAAGUAUACUUUAUUAUUUUUGACAAGCAGAAUGCUUUAGCACAGAUGAUCGAAGACAUGAAUCAGCAUGAAUACAUUAUGUAGAGGAUUUUCUGCUGUCCAUGGGUAGAUCCCAAUUGCACAUUCCUCGCCGCCUCUCGCCUCGUCUCCUUCUCAAAACCCAUUGGAUGAGAAAGCAAGAGGUCCCUCCCCGCUGACAUUUUUCUCCUAUUGGUUUUGAAAAGGAGAGAGGACACGAGGAGUAUACAAUUGGACUGAAUAAAAUGAAACCUGUGAGUAAAAUACAAUACAUAGUCACUCACUGUGUCUUAUAUUAAAAUCGAAUAAUUUAUCAUUCA